GUUUGAGUGGUGCUUGUGGUUUGUACACAAAUUCUUGAUCAAAGCAGAGCAGAGAUAUACCACAUGGAUAUUCGACUUUCAUUUAGAAACAUUUCUUCUCAUGGUUUAUGGUCUUGUCCAAGAACCCAAAAGGGUCUCAAACCUUGCUGUUCUGGUAAAGAUUCUCAGCAAAAUGGUGAUUCCAAAAAUAACAACAGCAACUCAGGUGAUAAAUUCUCAACUGAUUGGGACAAAGCCUGGUCAAGCUUCAAGAAGCAAAACAGGAAGAACAUCUUCUCAAACAUCUUUUCGCAAUUCUCUCCGAACAAGUAUGUAACAUGGAAUCCUAGGCGUUCCGACUAUCCAUUGUCUGAAGAAGUUGAUCCUAUUAAGAGAGCAGAGAAAUCAAACCUUAUGCUAUGGACAAGUCCAAAAUUCACUCUUGUUGGAGCAAUAGUUAUAGUCACAUUUCUUUUGGUCUAUUCCAUUCUUGCUAUAGCAAAAUGAGCUUUCUAUAUGUGUCUCUUCGUGCCCUCUUGUAAAGAUGCGCUUAUUGGUUUAUCAUAAUGGUUGCCUGAUGAGGGUUCGGUAAAAUUUUAGAUCGAUGCAGCUUGAAAAAUAUUUAUGGUCGAUUCCUUUAAAAUUGUAUAAAGUAUGUAAAGUUGAAUCAUGAAGAAAAUGUUACUCUGCCUGUUAUAUACUGGUUGGGCCUUGUGAAUAAUAUCUGGUUUAACAGGAA